AUGAGUGUCCUACGACCAUUCAAAGCUACUGACAUGUUCAAGUUCAAUAACAUAAAUUUGGACAUUUGGACCGAAACUUACGGAAUUGGUUUCUACCUUAGCUAUCUGGCUCGCUGGCCGGACCUGUGCUGCGUUCAGGCGGCACCUAGCGGUCGACUGAUGGGAUAUGUCUUAGGAAAGGCGGAAGGCGCUGGUCCCGAAUGGCAUGGACACGUUACAGCUAUCACGGUCGCGCCAGAGUAUCGUCGCUUGUCUUUAGCACACAAGAUGAUGACCCUCCUCGAAAUGGUCUCAGAACGAAUCUACCAGGGUUUCUUCGUCGAUCUAUACGUGCGAUGCGCAAAUAUUGUAGCCAUUGAAAUGUAUGAAAAGAUGGGAUAUAGUGUGUAUCGAAGAGUGCGAGAAUAUUAUGGGACAUUAGGUGUAGGGAAAGGCGGAAAAGAUGAAGAGGAUGCAUUUGAUAUGCGAAAACCCUUACCCAGAGAUACCGCUCGUCGUUCAGUGAGGGCAAAUGGCAGAGAUAUCGUGGUCCCUGCUACCGAUGUAUCAUAA